AACACUAAUGUAAUGGGAAAGGACAUUUUUGGCAACUUUGGCUUUGAUAAGAAAGCCAAGGAAAAAAAGAAAUAAUCUAUUUCUGCUUUUCUUUCCGCUCAAUGCUUUCUCUUCAGGUAGAUUAGAGAGAGAAAGAGAAAGAGGGAGAGAGCAAGGAAAUGUACUAAUUAGAGUAUUACUAUCCAGAAGUUUCUUUCGCCGGAAAACCGCGUUUUCCCGUUCUUCAAAGAGGUUUCGCGAGCUGUUCAAGAAACUUGGAAAACCCACCACCAUGGGAGAAACCGGUAUUGUCCGGUUUCCGGGGAAUCUAGACCCUAGAGCGCAAGAGUUCAGGCCAAGAAAUAACCCUAACAACGUCAACUUGACCCAACAAAUGCCCCUCUUUGGACCUCCACCGCUGCCUCCUCCUCCACCUCCACCGCACCAAGUCUACUAUACGUAUGCUGCUCCUCAAGCUGUUCCUUUUAGUGAUGACGGAGUUGUAGGGUACACUCAGUACCCUUCUGCUGCACCCCUAGCGUACGUUAGCACCGUCCUGCCUCUACCGCCACAGUCGGGUGCGCCAACGAGGACGCUGGUGUUAAGUUCGGUGCCGAGCGACGUUAGCGAGUCGAUCAUUAGGAGAGAAUUGGAGGUAUUUGGAGAGGUGAGAGGGGUCCAGAUGGAGAGAAUUUGUGAUGGGAUCGUGACCGUCCAUUUCUACGAUCUGAGACAUGCAGAGAAGGCGUUAAAGGAGAUACGAGACCAACACAUGCACCAGCAAAGCAGGUUAAGAAACCUCUUUGCUGCCUUAGAACGAAGUUCUGGGUUUCUACGACUUGGGGAGAACUUGCUUGCACCACCGCCUCCAGCGGCGCGUGGGCUCAUUUCCGGUUGCGCUGUGUGGGCCCAGUUCAUCAUUCCGUCGUGUAACGCUGUCCCGGACGGGCAUAACCAAGGGACUAUAGUCGUUUUCAAUUUAGACCCCAAUGUUUCUACGUCUUCCCUCAAGGAAAUUUUCCAAGCUUUUGGUUCUGUUAAAGAAUUGAGAGAGACACCAUUAAAGAAGCAACAAAGAUUUGUGGAGUUUUAUGACAUAAGAGAUGCAGCUAAAGCUCUGAGGGAGAUGAAUGGUAAAGAUAUUCAUGGCAAGCAGGUUGUCAUCGAGUUUAGUCGACCAGGUGGAUAUGGCAGAAAGUUUUUCAAUGCCUCUGCCACCUCUAAAACCUCCUCCAUUAGCAAUGCUUUGAUUAAUACGAAAAUUUCAACAUAUGCGCCACCACAACCUCCUCCACCGCCUCCACCACCAUUGCCUCGUAAAUUCUCCAGCCGUUCUGCUCCUAAUAUAUCUCCGCCUUCUUUUCUGGCUCAAACUCAAUCCUCCCCGAGGAAAGCCUCGAAUUUUAGCAAGGAAAACCCUAAAGAGAAUGUUAACAACAAGAGUUUGACGAUAAAUGGUGGAGACGGGGAUGGAGUUGCAGAAAAGGUUGAUGAUGGGCCUGUAAAGAGAAACGCAAAGAAAAGCCAAAACGAGUCUGGUGCUACGUCUACGAAGCAGCAACAUAGAAAUAGGCCAUGGAAGAGCAGACAAGCAAAGAAGUUUGAUACUCGUUUUCUUAUAAAUGAUGUUGCUAUGAUGGAAUCGAAUUCCAGUGAUUCUAGGACCACUGUCAUGAUCAAGAACAUACCCAACAAGUACAGUCAGAAACUGCUCUUAAACAUGCUAGACAACCACUGCAUCCACUGCAACGAGCAGAUUGCCAACGGCGAAGACCAGCCCUUGUCCUCCUACGACUUCGUCUAUCUCCCUAUUGAUUUCAAUAACAAGUGCAAUGUGGGAUAUGGCUUCGUGAACAUGACGUCCCCACAGGCAACAUUGAGGCUCUACAAGGCUUUUCACCAUCAACAUUGGGAGGUCUUUAAUUCAAGAAAAAUUUGUGAAGUCACUUACGCUAGAGUUCAGGGAUUAGAAGCGUUAAAGGAGCACUUCAAGAACUCAAAGUUCCCUUGCGAGAUAGAUCACUACCUGCCAGUGGUGUUUUCGCCUCCUCGAGACGGGAGGCAACUGACGGAGCCUCAACCCAUUGUCGGCCAGAAGCAACAGCCCCCCAUGAUUCUUGGUCUUCCCAUUAAAUAUCAUGACAACAAGAACGGUGGAGAUAGCCUCAAUAAUAGCGACAGCAACAACGGAGACACUGACCAAGAAGGAGAAGAAGAUAAUACGAACCGUUGCAGCAGCAGCCGCGACCGAAACGGCGGCGAUAUCGGUGAUGAUGAUGACAAAGACAGAAUAGUGGCAGCUGAGUUUUAGGGUGGGCCUAACCUAGAAGUAGAAGAGAUAGAGGGCGAGGGUUUUGUGGUAUUAUCUUCUGAUUCUCUUGGAACUGGGUAGAUAUGAAUAUGAUAUCAUGUAUAUUUACUGCAGCCAACCCUUGUGUCCAUCACUGCCUUCUCUGAACAGUUGCACCCACCCAAUGAGGUUCUUGUUGAGCUCCGAGCCUCGCCUGUUACAUGCAUAUAGCCCCCCUCGCCUUUUACCAUCAGCCUACGGCUUCCUGUCGUAUCCUCCUCAGAUCAGCUAGCUGACUACCAUUAACCCCAUUAACUCUCCGUAUCUUGUAUUUUAGUAGUUGGCUAAUUAGCAAAGAAAUUGUAACGUGACUUUCUUUUCUUCUCUUCUCUUUGUUCCUGGUUAUGAAAAGUUUGUGUUUUUCUUCUGAA